AUGACUGUGACUGGGGAACCUCUGAAACAAGACAUUGGGAAUCCUGAAGAGGUGCUGCGCUAUUUAAACCUGUUCCUCUGUAGCCUCAUCUUCAUCAUUGGGAUCACCUGGAACGGGAUUGUCAUCUGGCUUACCGGCUUCAGGGUGAAGAAGACAGAAUUCAACAUGUGGUUUCUCAACCUGGCAGUGGCAGACUUCUUGUUCAUCCUCUGUCUGCCUCUUCGAAUGGUCAGUCUUUUCCUGCGCCGCUGGUCCUUUGGUGUGGCGCUUUGCAAAGGGUAUUACUUCCUUUCCACUGUCAACAUGUACACCAGCGCCUUCAUCCUAAUGGCUGUCAGUAUUGAUCGCUGCAUCGCAAUGGUCUACCCGCUGUGGCAUCGUAACCACCGACCAAAGCAACUCGCUCAAAAGGUUAGUCAGUGCCUGUGGGUCCUGACCUUCGCCAUGAGCCUGCCUUUGGCUUUUUAUUCAAAACUUAAAGAAACCAAAAAGAAUGUUUCUAACUGCUUUGUGGAUAUAUAUGUUGCCACCAAUGUCUCGGAUGUGCAAAACAGCACUUCUCGGGAGGGACAACAAAUGCUGGCCAAUGUUUUAGCGGUCUUCCUGCCCAUUUUCAUUUGUGGCUUUUUAAUUCCUCUCGGAGUCAUCACCUCCUCCUACUCGGUCAUUGCUUACAGGAUGAAAACUGAGCGGCUCCGCUUCAGCAACCUCUACAGAUUGCUUGUGGCCGCCGUGUUCUCCUUCUUCAUCACCUGGGCGCCGUCUCGCAUUCUUGGGAUAGUCCAGGUGAUUGCCAUCUACUCCCAAAGAAAGGAAGUGUUCCAGCAUUUACAACCGUACCUCCCUCUGGCCUCGAGUAUUGGCUACAUAAACAGCUGCAUCAACCCCGUCCUGUACGUGCUCCUCAGAAAAGAGUUCAAGGACAAGCUGUGGGCUCUGAAGGAAUCCAUGCUCAGAAGAUUGCAGGGGACAAAGGACUCCAGUAAUGUGACCUCUACUGGAAGGGAGCUUAGCCUCUGCCAUACCUGUCCUCCUUCUAACCAUCUGUUUACUGCAAGCUUGCAAGGAAAUAAUACUGUGAAUACAGGCUUAUAUAUUAACAGCAAUAACCAGGCUUAG